AUGACGAUCAGCAGCCUCUCUUUCAGCCGUCGCAGGCCGCAGCCGUCCACCAGCGGGGAUGACCAAGAGGUUGGCACGAAAAUGUCGAUUGGCCCCUCUUUCUCCUUCGAUGAUCCGAGCCGCUGUGUCGCCAUUCCACCUGGCGGCGGGACGAGGAUGCUGCAGGUGUGGUGGCAGCAGGAAGGCAAGGCGGAUUGCACGGCGAUUCAGUUCUUCCCGAGUCCCACGUGCAAGGGGAGGGUGCUGGACACUCUCGCGCAAGGCCAGCAGAGUCCUCUCCACAAUGGAAUCAGGUCCGCCCGCUGCAUCAUUGGUGCCGCCCAGAACGCAGCUGCUCCUGACUACUCCCACCCCAGCUACUCCCACCCCAGCUACUCCCACCACAGCUACUCCCACCCCAGCUACUCCCACCCCAGCUACUCCCACCUCAGCUACUCCCACCACAGCUACUCCCGAGUCAACCCAUGCCUGGGGGGCACGUGCAUCGACCGCGGCACCGAGGGCAAGACCUGCGUCUGUCUGCCCAACCACCGCUCUCUUGGCAGCCACUGCAAUCAGAGUUGGGAGGGCGUUUCGUCCAUCACAGUGGAAGGCAGCACCUGGAGGUGCAAGGACGUGUACACCAUGUAUGGCCUCACGCUGCAGCAGUUCACCGCCAUGAACCCGCUUUCCCAGCAUUCCACUACCACUGUGUUGCUGCAUCUUCUUUCACCCCCUUUGACCACCUCUUUUCUUCUCCACCCCCCUUCCCCUCUCCUUUCCCUCCCACAGAACGACACAUGCUCGUCCGUGGCUCAGUUUCUCAACAUCACCGAGGAAAGCCUGCAGCAGCUCAACACUGGUGUUAGCUGCCCCUCUAGCCUCCCUGCGUUCCGCGCUCUCUGUGUGGAGCGCGACCCAGCCAAGGCCAGACCGAGAUGUGUGAACGAGAUAGAGAUCGGCAAAGUGGUGGACUUCAAGCAGGUGGCAGCAUCCAAUGGAGUCACCAUGGUGGACAUCUGCAGGCUCAACCCCUGGAUCUCCUUCCACGAUUCCCGGGGCGACACUGAUAGUGUAAGUUGA